AUGAGGAGGAAGAGAGGGACGGCAGAGCUGUGCACACACCUUGAGCUGCUGAGAGAACAGCUCCAGGGGCAAUGGCCCUUCUUGAAGGCCAUCUCUCCGCAGGUCCAGUAUCCCGGCUGGCUGAGGAACGAGCUGCGGUCAGGGGCGUGCUCCCCCCAUGUGCAGGCAGAUCCCUCAGGACGAAGGAGGCAGGCAGGCAGGAGCCAGCUCGUCCAGGCAGGCCCAGCGCUGCAUUCCCAUCGUCUGAAGGCUGCAAGAGAGCGCUGCGGGCACUCGGCACUGGAGGCACUUGGACUCCCCACCCUCCAGCCCAGCCCAGGAGAAGGGAGGUCAGCAAGAGGUGGAGAAAGGCUGAAAACCUUCUCCCAGCGGAGGAGAUGGCAGCAGCAGCCCAGCUGGAGAGACUCCAGCCUGACCACCUUUCCCCAUGAGCAGUCCGGGUCCUCAGAAGGCUGGAGCCACGUCAAGCAUGGAGGAACAUCUUCAAGCACAUCACUGAGAACAACAGGCAGCAUCAAGAGCAGCAGAGGCAGCUCCCCUGGAGAUGCAGCUGAACCAAAACGUCUGGUCCGAGCAAGCAGCCAGUUGGGGGAAAUAGGAGAUACCAGCAGCGCCAAGCAGCUCUGUGGGGAUGGGAGGAGGACGCUUGGAUGCAGCAAACACUGCUGCCGGCCGUGGUGUGUCCCUGAGCCAUCUCUCGUCGGCUCCCCACUGUAGGCCAGUUCUGGGGAUACAGAGACAUAACUGUCUGCUUUUAACCAUUUGGAUAUUGUUUCUUGUUUAACCACUUAGAUAUUGUUUCUUGUUUAUUCUUUCUAAAACUCACUUACCAAGGCUGGCGCCUGUAACGUCUGUUAAGGGUUAAGUUUAUCAGGGACUGGUAUUUGUCAAAAGCUACUUGCUGAACAAAGGGAGUGAUAACAGGAACUGCAAGGCUAGUCUGACCACAGAACCGACUAGGACUUGUUAAAACUGCUGAAAUCAACAAGUAAGAAGACAGCACGCUUAAAAGACUGAAGUUCAUCUAGAGGACAGAAGAGGAAGAGGAAGAUAAGACCCCUGAAGAAGUAAAAGACCACCAGAGACAGAUCUGAGCCUGCGCAGUUUCUGAAUCAACUCCGCCCCCAACUUAUACAUACGUAUUAUGAAACCCUAUGACUAUGUAUGCUUUGGUGUAAUAAAUAUCCGACUGCUUGCCGAAAUGGUGUGCAAGCUUUGAGGAGAAAUCCCCUUGCACCCGGCGCCGUAAU